AUGGCCCCUGUGGCGUCGGACGAGAUCGUCUUCACAUACGACAAAAAGGCGAAAGAGAAGGUCCGAAAAUGCGGGGGAAGCGCGAAGCGCAAAGCCGUGCAGCUGGGCCUGGGGGCCCGGGUUUUUUCGGCCGUCGUCCAUUUCAAUCCAACCUAUGGAAAAUUAGACGGGGCUGUCUACGUCCCGCAAGGCCAAAGUAUCCCUGACGUGAACCGGUUUCUAGCGGAACUCGCCAACGGCAUGCAAGGAAUUGGAGGCCAACGUCGGGUCACACGCCGUCGACGGGGGGAGACCACCCCCAAGCCCAGUCAAACUACGGUGGAGGCAGGCGACAACAAAGUGGGGCAGCUUACAGACAGUGCAACAGAAGAGAGCGUUGCCAGCGCAGCCGAAGACGCAGAAGCGAAUGAAGUCGUGAAUGAAGACUCGGAUGCUCCUCACGAGAUCGAGGCCAAUGACAAUGGUGUCGCUGAUAUUUGCGGCAUCGCGUCGGACACCCAACAAGGCGACGCCUGUUUGGACGAAGAUCCCACGAACCCAGCACAACAUGAGAUACCCACAGAAACAGCGCCGUUCAGCGAAAACCGCGACGACAUGACGGAGGACGUCGCCGUGGUUGACACCGACCCGGCGGCUCAGACUAACGCGGGCGAGGAGGACUCCUUCAUCGGGUUCCUUGAGGUUGGCAUGCAUGAUCUGUUUGAGAUGGAAGCCGAGACGACCAGUCGCUUUGAUCCCUCUGGACCAGUCGACGACAGCCGGCAGGAAGAACAGCCAAACACCACCAUGCCUGAUUGGGAAGGUGGGGAGGUGGAGAAGACGAGGGGCGACGCGGUGAUGGAAAAUACAGCGGAAAGCAACGAGGAAGCCCCUGGCCGAGAGACGAAAACCCAGAAGACGCCAACUGCUGCUGUUGCGCCCGUUUUUCGGAUUGCAAAGAACACAAAAAAGAUUCACCGCUUCUUUUGGCAAGUGUCCAAGCAGAUUCGACUUGCAAGACGGCAGGGAGAGUUUGAGAUCGGGCAUAUCCGCCAAAUCCGGCUAGGUGUCAAAGCAGUUAGGGAAGUCCGAGCAACGGUUCAGAGUCGAGGAAACCGAAAUGCGAGGCCGGCUUAUGGUGCCAGAAACCCACCGCGACUAUGA